GAUGGUUGCCAACCAGAGUGCCGCUCCAAACUCGCCUGCUCUGCAAACGCGGCUCGCCGCCACUCGUCCCUAAACGCGCGGCGGUUAUCGACCGGGGGAGCUUGCCUGGCUCACAUCAGUCUUACGCCAGAGGACCGAACCGAGCCGCUCGGGAGGAUAAGAGCCCCGGCCGGGAAAGUUUGAAGGAGACGAGCGGGGGGUGGGGCAAAGCUGCGUGACUGAACUUCCACCGAGCAGCCGCGGAAGGGACCGGGACGAGGAGGAGCCAACAGGUCGCAGGAAUGAGCUCCUCUGCCACCAGUGACCCUGGCAGGUCAACGUCGACUACCACAUGAAUCCUAGAUGUCAAGCGUGGACCUCCUGCAAUUGCUGUUUGAUUGUUUCUCUGUGGGUCACAUGGCAUUGAUCUCUCGCCGCUUCCAGAAGACUGGUCGGUCAGAGAAAUCGAUGCGGGCAGUCUGCCGGCCGGGUGCCCACUUGGCUGAACAGCACACCGCUUAAUCAGUCUGAACUUCAACACAUAGAAAGCUGCUGCAGACCAACAGAGAGGCUGCGAGGAGGAGGCCCAUCCCGGGAGAACAUGGUGGCAUCAUGUGAUCUGAGCGAGAAAGGAACACCGUCGAGGAAGCGUGUGCUCUCUUGAAGGCUUACGACCACUAGCAUCAGCAUCACCACUAUCAGCACCUGUGACUGCAGUUAUCAACGUCAUCUCCUCCACUCCCCAUUGGACUGGAAGAUAAGGAAUGGCCUCCCCAUAGACCUGUUUCACAAUAGCGCAGCACACAAGGAUAAAACACUCUGGAGCCCCUUUUUAUAGUUCACCAUUUCAACCAUUGUUUCCGCAGUAACUGAGCCCUCAACUCAAUUUUAACCUUGGUGACAUAUCCGGUGACUAGUUUGCGACCUUCGCUGGACGUUCUGUUGGAUUAUGUGCUAAUCCAGCAUUCCCAUGGGGGAUUAAAUCAGAGCAGUAAUCCACACUGACUCAGUUUUGGCUGUGUUACAAAAAGCAGAGGGGCUUUCUUCAGUGAGUGACACGCGUCAUGGCUGGGAAGGGCAACCCGGUGCCGGGCCCGCACCUAAAUGGCUUCCCAAUGCCCACCUACUCCUACUUCUUCCCUCACAUGUUGGGAAGUCUGUCGCCACCGGCCUUGCCAGGACUUCCUCUCAGCGGCUACAGCACCCCCUCACCAGCCACGAUAGAGACGCAGAGUACCAGCUCAGAGGAGAUAGUGCCAAGCCCGCCCUCGCCUCCCCCGCCGCCCCGCGUCUACAAGCCCUGCUUUGUGUGCCAGGACAAGUCCUCAGGGUACCACUAUGGUGUCAGCGCCUGUGAAGGCUGCAAGGGCUUCUUCCGGAGAAGCAUCCAGAAGAACAUGGUGUACACUUGUCACCGCGAGAAGAACUGCAUCAUCAACAAAGUCACCCGAAAUCGCUGCCAGUACUGUCGGCUUCAGAAGUGCCUGGAAGUCGGAAUGUCCAAGGAAUCUGUGAGAAAUGACCGGAACAAGAAGAAGAAGGACGAAAAGAAGCAGGAGUGCACAGAGAGCUACGUGCUGAGCCCCGACACCGAGCAAAUGAUUGACAGAGUCCGCAAGGCCCACAAGGAAACGUUCCCCUCCCUGUGCCAGCUCGGCAAAUACACUACGAACAACAGCUCGGAACGACGUGUGUCCUUGGACGUGGACCUCUGGGACAAGUUCAGCGAGCUGUCCACCAAAUGCAUCAUCAAGACGGUGGAAUUCGCCAAGCAGCUUCCCGGCUUCACGACGCUCACAAUCGCCGACCAGAUCACCUUGCUCAAAGCCGCCUGUCUGGACAUCCUGAUACUGCGGAUCUGUACACGCUACACCCCAGAGCAAGACACCAUGACCUUCUCAGACGGACUCACGCUAAACCGCACCCAGAUGCACAACGCCGGCUUCGGACCGCUCACCGACCUGGUCUUUGCCUUCGCCAACCAGCUGAUCCCGCUGGAGAUGGACGAUGCCGAGACGGGGCUGCUCAGCGCCAUCUGUCUGCUGUGCGGAGAUCGUCAGGAUCUGGAACAAGCAGAGAAGGUGGACAUCCUGCAGGAGCCGCUUCUGGAGGCACUGAAGAUCUACGUGAGGAAGAGGAGGCCCCACAAACCGCACAUGUUCCCCAAGAUGCUGAUGAAGAUCACCGAUUUGAGGAGCAUCAGCGCUAAGGGGGCUGAGCGUGUCAUCACCCUGAAAAUGGAGAUCCCGGGCUCCAUGCCUCCCCUCAUCCAGGAGAUGCUGGAGAACUCCGAGGGCCUAGAAAGCGGCGCCUCGGGGGGCCGUCCCUGCGGCACGCCGCCGGGUAGUUGCAGCCCCAGUUUGUCCCCGAGCUCCGCCCAAAGUAGUCCAGCCACACAAUCGCCGUAGUAACGGCCCACC